GACAAGGUAUAAAUAUAAUUGGUGGCAUACCAAUCAGCUCCGGGCGCAUCUGAUAUUUACCCUGCGGACGCAGGCUUACGCUUACUAUAAAAGACAAGAAUCGCCCCUCCCAAAUUUCCUUCAAACGUUAAGUUUCAGUCCUCAUUCCUGUCCGGAUGCCUUCGCUCUUUUCUCUGACGAUCAUCCAUCGGCGGCCCAAAGGAAUUUUGACAGAUUAUUAGUGACCUUCCAGUGGGCGGGAGUUGCUCAGACCCGAUAACUAUGUCUCUCGAAGACUAUGGCCACAGUAGGUCAACAUUCGAACAGAAUUAUCGCUGCUAUCCUGGCUCUUUCAUUGAAAAGCCACAGCUGGAAAAGGGCGAUAAAGUUAUACUGCCUCCAUCAGCCCUUGAUCGCCUUGCGUCUUUGCAUGUUGACUACCCAAUGUUAUUUGAAAUCAAUAAUCUUUCGGCUGGACGAGUUUCUCAUUGUGGUGUAUUAGAAUUCAUUGCAGAUGAGGGCCUGAUGUACUUGCCAUACUGGAUGAUGGAAAACAUGCUCUUGCAAGAAGGAGAUAUUAUACAAGUAAAGAAUGCUAGCCUGUCAAAAGGAACAUAUGUGAAGCUGCAGCCUCACACCAAAGAUUUCUUAGAUAUCUCCAACCCAAAAGCUGUCUUGGAGACGACAUUGAGAAGCUUCUCUUGUUUAACCACUGGUGACACUAUCAUGGUUGCCUAUAACAAUAAAAAGUUUUACAUUGAUAUAGUAGAAACAAAACCCUCUUCUGCAAUAAGUAUUAUUGAAACAGACUGUGAGGUGGACUUUGCCCCUCCUCUUGAUUAUAAAGAACCUGAAAGGCCAGCACCAUCUGUUCUAUCAAAGAGGACCCGGCCAGAAGUUGAAGAAGAGCCAGCUAGAAAAAUAGCCAAGUUCAGCCCAUUUACUGGUUUGGCUAGACGCUUGGAUGGGAAAUCUCAGACACAAUUAGCUGCACCAGUUUCCUCUCCCACGCUCAAACAGCAGCAAUCAGAGGCUGCCAAAGUGAUUGUUGAUUCCACACCUUCAAGCUCCAUGUCUCAUAGGCGUCCUGGAAAGCUGGUGUUUGCUUCAAAUAUAGACCAUGCUCCAAAUGGAAAACAGAAAGUUGCCCCAAAUGACAGCAGUCAAGAGCUGCCUCAGAAGGUGGAAGAACCGACGUUCCAAGCAUUCACUGGGAAGAAGUAUUCACUGAAAGGGUGAUCUUUCCAUAGCAUUUGUUGCCAAUGUCCAUUUUAGAAUUUUGCCAGGCAACCCAUAUAGCAAUGGAAGAAAUAGCUGCACAAAACAUGUUCUGCCAUCCUUUGUGCUUUUUGUUGCUAAAUUAUUAUGUUCAUCUGUACCCCAACAUGAAAUUUCAUAUCCUCAAUAUUUGUAUAUUGCCACAUGCUGUCAUUUUGUGUAUACAAGCUUAUUUCAACUCUGAAUUGGGUUGAGGUUCAUUGAUAAUAUUAUGGCAUUUUGUAUC